AUGGCUAAAUCUCUACGUGCAAAGUCUCACUUGAAGGCAAAGUCCAUCAAGCGUAAGAACGAGUUUCAGAAGACCGUGGAUGCACGUGCAGAACGUGUAGCUAACAAACUGAAAGAAGAUCUAAUAAGGCAAAAGCUUGAAGAAUUGAAAAACAAAAAUGGAGGUAUGGAAUUAGACCCAAGCUCUGUGGAUGCGCUCGAGGCCAAGGCGGACACUGAUGCCAUGGACACCGACGCCAAGAAGGUCAGCACGUCCGGAUGGAGAGACGCCAGACACCACAAUUACAAGAAAAGCAAGAAGAUGAAGGCAGCUCGCAAGAAGGGCUCUUUCACGAAGUUUUGA